ACACAACACAACACAAGUACACAACCAGCUUCAUUGGCAGCCCCACCCCUAGCCGCCUUCCGUGACACUCCACCCAAAUUAUGGAUAUUCAGGACUUGUUUAUGAAGUCAACGUUAGAUUCUAUUUUCAAAGUUGCAUUUGGAGUUGAUCUAGACAGUAUGUGUGGCUCAAAUGAAGAAGGGAAGAAAUUUGGCCAGGCUUUUGAUGAUGCUAGUGCUUCAACCAUGUUACGAUAUGUAGACAUCUUUUGGCCUAUCAAGAAAUUUCUCAACAUUGGCGCAGAGGCUAAACUUAAGAGAAGUGUCAAAACUGUUGAUGAUUUUGUUUACAAAUUAAUCAGUAACAAAGUGGAACUAAUGAAAAGUUCACAAAGCAAUGUCUCAGAAAUGCAGAUGAAAAAGGAUGAUAUCUUGUCAAGGUUCCUGGAGCAGAGCGACACUGAUUUGAAGUAUCUGAGAGAUAUAAUCUUGAGCUUUGUAAUUGCGGGUAAAGACACAACAGCAGUUACACUUUCAUGGUUUGUUUACAUGCUUUGUAAACACCAGAAUAUACAGGAAAAGGUUGCUGAAGAAGUAAGGAAAAUUACGAAAAUGGAAGGAGUUGGAAAAUUUUCAGAACUUGCUGCUAGUUUGACAGAAGAAUCACUUGAAAGAAUGCAGUAUUUACAUGCUGCAUUGACAGAAACUCUCAGACUCUAUCCAGCAGUUCCAAUGGUAAUUCUAGCUAGUCGCAGUCAGAAAAUUUCAUUGCUCUCAUAAUCUCAUUGUUUGUUCUCUUCCUUUUUAUUUUUCUCUUUUGUGUUACACGUUACUUGCUGAAGUUUAUGUCAAUUUCAGAGGCACAUUCCAACUUAUCAUAUAUCAACCAAGCUAAUUUCUACCUUUCUCUCAAUUUCUAAUUUUGAAAUCAAAAUAAUUGCAUUUUCUCUAAUUUCAAAGUCCAACCAAAAGGAGUCUAAGAAAUUCAGGUACUUGACAAAAAUAAACAAUGCAAUCAUGAUGAAAAACUAAUUGUCCUCUGCUACAAUCCCAUUACCAAAACAUAAAAAUAAAUAAAUUCGAAGAUAAACCAUACUUGUUAUCAAUUCUAAACAUUAAACCCUAAAACCCUAAACUUUAAACUAAAAAAAACCAAAAAAAAAAA